CAAAAAUUUGCUAGAUCUUGGUUGAUUUUUUGUUUAAAAAAAAAAAAAAGAUUUGCACUUGAUUUUCAGGGGGCUAGAGGCUGCGUUUUAAUUGACCCAUGGCAAAUUGGUGCGAGCUCCAAUAUGACAUGCUGGAAGUUAUUGCACAGCACCUCACCAAGAUUGAAGACUACGUGGCUUUCGGUGCAGUUUGCACCUCAUGGCGAGCUGCGGCGGCAAACAAGAAGAAGAAUUUUAGAGGGAUUCCGUUAUGGAAGCAGAUUCCUUGUCUCAUGGUUGCUGCAAAAGAUGAAAACGAUGUCGGUGAUCGGGAGUUCUACAGUUUGCUGGAGAAUGAAGUUGUGGCCAAAGUGAAACUACCAAAACUUAAAGGUAAGAGGUAUUUGGAAGCGUUAGGAUGGUUGUUACUUAUAGGAGAAGAAGGGGACAUGAGUUUGCUGAAUCCCUUCUCGUCGGGUCCCGAAAUUUCGUUACCCAACCAGAAUACUAUUCCAGGGUACGAUCGCUAUGAACCCGAUGCGUUUAUUUUCGUGGAAAAAUUCGUGUUGUCUGCAAGGCCAAGCGAGGCCGAGGAGGAGGAGGUGGAGGACUAUGUGGUAAUGCUCAUUUGUGGAUCCGUUAGAUUCUUGGCAUUCUGGAAGCCAGGGGACCAAAGCUGGAACAGAAUUGUGCUGCGAGUGUCUGUAUACAGCGACGUCACCUAUUACAACGGCCAAAUCUAUGCAGUUGAAUAA